AUGCACAAAAAUGAAUACAGGCCUCCAGAUAGAAGCCGAAAACAGAGGUUUCUCACAGAAGAUGAGAUCAAGAAGGGCAAGAAAUCGAAAUGGACUGAGUUAGAAAUAACAGGACCUGUGCGUGCCCUAAGCCCAGCACUAUGGAAUCUUCAUCACCUGACUGCUCUUUAUUUGAACGAUAACUAUCUUCAACGGCUGCCAGCAGAGGUGUGCCUUCUCACCAAUCUUCUUCAUCUCGACCUUAGUUCAAAUAAGCUCCGCUCGCUUCCUUCGGAACUGGGAAACAUGCUCCAUCUUCGUGAAUUGCUGCUAAACCACAAUCAGCUCAGAGUUCUUCCAUACGAGCUCGGUCGACUGUUCCAGCUUCAGAAGCUCGGGCUAGACAGUAACCCGCUGCAGCCCGAGAUCUACGAAAUUUGGUGCCAACCUAAUGGAACAAGCGAGCUCAUUCGCCAUCUGCUGGACAAUAUGCCGCAUCCGAUGGAGCAGCCACAGCGCCAAUGGAUUAGCCUCGAGGAGCCAUCUAAUCCGACAUCUUGUUUAUUCUCUGUUAUGUGUUACAACGUACUGAGCGACAAGUACUGCACAAGACAAAUGUACGGAUACAGCCCGAGUUGGUGCUUGAGAUGGGAGCACCGCCAACGCCUGAUUUUCGAUGAGAUUUACACUUAUGCUGCCGAUGUCCUUUGCCUCCAGGAAGUUGAGACAUGCGAAUUCAACAACACUUUCUUGCCCGAAUUGAGAAAGCACGGCUACAUGGGCGUCUUCUCCCCGAAAAGCCGGGCGAAAACAAUGAUCGAGUCUGAAUCCCAAAAUGUCGACGGCUGCGCUAUAUUCUGGAAAACGGAGAAAUUCUUGCUUUUGGAAACGCAUACGUUCGAGUUUAAUCAACUGGCGAUUAAAAAUUCAGGCGGCGAUCAGGACAUUCUCAAUAGAGUAAUGACAAAGGACAAUGUCGCCGUCGCAGUUGUUUUAAAAACAUUGAAAGGGCCGGAUUAUCCAGAAGAGGAAACGCAAGAAAUCGUUGUCUGCAACACUCACAUGCACUGGGAUCCCGAAUUCUCAGAUGUUAAAAUGAUCCAGGCGUUUUUGCUGACCACGGAGCUCGACCGGGUUAUUCGUCAAAUGGGACGAAAGCCGACCGAUGUUCCUGUCAUCCUCUGCGGCGAUUACAACUCGUUGCCGACGAGUGGCGUUACCGAGUUCAUCAAGGAUGGCAAGGUCGACCUCACACAUCCGGAUUUCCAACGAUUCAAUUACAAUAAGAAACUGGUCAAAAUGAAUCCGAAAAAUGGAGAGGUGCGUCCACAGAACGACGCGUAUCUGAGACAUCCGUUCCACUUCAAAGCGAGCUACCUAGCCGAGUUGAUGCCCUUCACGAAUUAUACUUACGAUUUCAAGGGCAUCAUCGACUACAUUUACCACUCAACGCCGCAUCUAAAAACAAUUGGAAUCCUCGGUGGCCUGGACGAGACGUACAGACGCAGCGUUGUUGGCUUCCCGAAUCCAGUGAUCCCCUCGGACCAUUUGUGCCUGCUCUCGGAAUUCGAGCUGCUUCCCUCCAGUGUCCGUUUAAAGUGA